CGAGGAGCUGAAAUGCUGCAGAGCAGGAGUGGGAUCGCUCUGUAAGGCACACAGUGGUUUGCGGAGCGAUAGCAGCGGACCCAGCUCCCUGCCCCGGAUAAGGAACAGCUGCAGUCGCUGCAAAUGUGCGUGAAAAGCAAUUUCCAAUCUUUGCAUUAGGACUUCAGAUGCAUGCCAGGUUUCCGCUGACUGCAACAAUCCAAGGUCCCCACACAUGGAGCCCCCAAAUCAGCAUGGCAGUGGAAUUUCGUUAGUUGUGACCCAGCAGCCUUCUUUGGAUGGCCGUCAGAGGACAGACAAUGAGAGAGAGAUUCCGCCUGCUGCUGUUUUGUCCCUAGACCAGAUCAAGGCCAUCAGAGGCAGCAAUGAGUACACAGAAGGGCCUUCGGUGGUGAAGAGACCUGCUCCUCGGACAGCACCCAGACCAGAAAAGCAGGAGAGGACGCACGAAAUCAUACCAGUCAAUGUGAAUAAUGGCUACGACCAGAGACCCUCCAGCCACCUGGGCCCCGCGGGACCCCCGAGCAGUGCCCGCGGCCCGGUUCUGAGCAGGUCCACCAGCAGUGGCAGUGCAGCCAGCUCUGGCAGCAGCAGCAGCAGCAGCGCCUCCUCGGAGCAGGGGCUGUUGGGACGCUCCCCGCCAACCAGGCCUGGCCCUGCUCAGAGGUCCGAGAGGGCGGUCCGGACCCAGCCCAAACAACUGACUGUGGAUGACCUGAAGGGUUCCUCGAAAGAGGACCCGGCCCAGCACAAGUUCAUCUGCGAGCGGUGCCGGAAGUGCAAGUGCGGGGAGUGCACGGCGCCCCGGACCCUGCCCUCCUGCCUGGCCUGCAACCGGCAGUGCCUGUGCUCCGCGGAGAGCAUGGUGGAGUACGGGACCUGCAUGUGCCUGGUCAAGGGCCUCUUCUACCACUGCUCCAACGACGACGAGGGGGAUUCUUGCUCAGACCACCCGUGCUCCUGCUCACAGUCACACUGCUGCUCCAGGUACCUGUGCAUGGGAGCCAUGUCGCUGUUCCUGCCCUGCCUGCUCUGUUACCCUCCCGCCAAGGGGUGCCUGAAGCUCUGCCGGGGGUGUUACGACUGGGCGCACCGCCCGGGGUGCAGGUGCAAGCGCUCCAACACUGUCUACUGUAAGCUGGACAGCUGCACCUCCCGGGCCCAGGGCAAGCCCUCCUGAUCUGUGGAGGGCCCUGCACCUCCUGGACCCUGGCUCUCCAGCUGUGGCUGUAGAGGAAGAUCCUGUUGGAUGCUGAGCUUCUUUUCUUUGAGGUUUCCCUGCUUCCUGCCUUCUGCUCCCCAUCCCAGGGUCUGACUCAUGGAGUUUACGUUUCCACUGUGGGUGAUCUUCAGUGAGAGGAGACGGAGACUGCGCGGACUCCCACCGAUGGCAAGAGCCGAGGGCUUCUGGGUAGCCUUUUUCUUCUACAAGUGGCCCUCCAAAGUGGUGCUCCCACACACCCCCUGGACUGCAGUGGCCCAGGCUGUCUUUGACUGGCUUCGGUGGGAGCCAGGAGAUUGGUUCUGGAGGAGGCAGCUGUCAGGCUGCUGAAGAAGCCGUGUCUCCAGUCUGUCUGCAGUCAGGGGCACCGUCCUAGCAUGGGACCGUGAGUAGAAGGGAGGAGCCAGUUUUGCCAUGACCUGAAAGUUCCCUUUAACCACUGCCCCUCUGCUCCUUGGUUCCCUCCCUCGGUCGGGGGUGUUUCCUCCUUUCUGUGGUUUUGGGUUUGCUCCACAGCAUGGAGAUCCGUCCUGUACUGCCCCAUUCCUGCUCCAGCCUCCUGUCUGGAGGGCUCAGUGCCUCCCCCACGCCCAUGCUCUUCACCAAAUCUCUGUUACUGACAGGGGCUCUUGGUGACAGGCUGAUUCCUGGCCCGUCUCUGGGUGUUAAAGAGCUGAGCUGCCUGGAGUGGUCUUGGCUCCUGCGUGGUUGCUUCUUUUGGCCCCUCUGGUAGUUAGCAGCUGGGUGAUUCUAAUCUUUUCUGUGUUUUCAUUGCCUUAACCACAAACUGUGGUGCUUUUUGUAUAUUUUAUGUAUAAAUCACAAAGUUGAAUUCUGACUAUUUUUAAGACAAAAGUUUGUUAAACUUUUUUAUUGUAAAGAAUAUUUAUUAUGCGAAUCUCUAUUAUUUUAUGAUAUUUAUUGCAAAAGACUGUUGAAAUGUACUCCUGUCUGAAUAUAACAAAAUAUCAAUACUUAAUGGAAAAAAAUAAAGUGACACGAAGAAAGUACAUAUGUUAACUACAAUGCAGGAAAUAUAUUAAUUAAUAACUGUC